AUGGGUGCAGGCGGCCAACUGAACGCUCUGGGGUUAUCGUCGAACCACCAAAAAGGCGAACGAAAUAAUUCCUUCGAACGAAUCAACGAAUCGCACGCGGACGAUACCGUGUUCAUCGUCGGUGGGUACACGCGGUGCGAGUUAUUAGCGCACACGCCGAAAGACGAGAGCAAAAUUGGAGAUGAUGAUGACGAGGAAAAUGCGAGUUUUAGUGUUGAGGAACGAAAGGCUUCGAAGAAGGAGGAAAACGAGGAGAUGAAGUCAAAAGCGGGCGUGCACGUGCUCUCCUUGGACGGCAGGACGGGACAAUUGGAAAUGGUGACCACGAAUGAUAUCGGUCCGAACGUGGCGUUCGUGACGAGACACCCGACGAAACCGGACGUGAUUUACGCGAGCACGGAACGCAUCGACGUGGAAGGCGAAGUCGUGACGAUGCGAUUGACGAGAGAUUUGAGGUUGAAAGAAAUCGCGAGGUGCUCCGCGGGGGGGAAGUCGACGUGUUAUUUGAACUUUAAUAAGAGCAACAGGUACAUGAUGUCGGUGAAUUAUUGGGACGCGAAGUUGGCGUUGAUCCAUUUGGAUGAUUUAGGGAGACCGGAGACGCCGAAUACGGUGUUUAUGCAACCGGGCGCGAAAUACGUAGACGACAAGAAACCGACGAGAGAGGAACAUUGGGAGUUUAGACAACGAUGGCCGCAUUCGCACUGCAUCGUGACUGAACCGUACCAUAAUAUGUUGCAUUUUGUCGUUGAUUUAGGUUUGGACAGGAUUUUCGUGUACAGAGUCGGAGAGCCGAGCACGAUGGUCACGGCGCCGGAGUUUGUGUGCAAAGCGAGCGUGAAAUUGCAACCGGGGAAAGGACCGAGACACUUGGUGUUUCAUCAAACGUUAAAGACGGCGUACUUAGUGAACGAAUUGGACUCGACGGUUUCUGUAUUCAACGUGAACGUUAACGACGAGUGGAUGGAACAACUGCCGUUGGCGAACGAACAACCGACGAUGAAAACAUUCGACGACGAGAAAGAUACGAAAGAAGAAAGCGACGAAACAGCCGCGCUGAACGUCUUCCAGUGCAUUUCGACGUUACCGGAAGGUUCGAGAGAACAAAAAGUAUUCACGGAUAGAGGCGUGUGGAAAGCGGCGAGUCACGCGAGUGAGAUCAGAGUCCAUCCGUCUGGGAAGUUUUUGUACGUCGGUAAUCGAGGUCACGAUUCUAUCGCGUGCUUUAAAAUCGACGCCGAGGACGGGUCGUUGGAGUUUAUCGCCGCGGUCCCGUCCGGCGGGAAAUGUCCGAGAAACUUCCACUUUAGUGCGAACGGAGGAUUUGUUUGCGUCGGGAACCAGAACUCGAGUAACGUGGCGUCUUUUGCCGUCUGUCCGGAGAGUGGUAUGUUGGAGUUGGUGCACGUGAGACAUUCGGUGUGUUUGCCGAAUUACGUUUACCCGAUUCCCAAAAGUACUUUAGAUCUGGUCACGAGCUCGGACGACGACGAAGAUGUCGUUCUUUAA